CCUGGUGACGCUCAGACUCUGCCAGCUGUCAGCAGCCGACAGCUUGGGCACCGAUAUAUCCGAUAGGCAUUGCUUGCCGUUCGUUAGAUUCCUGACAUAUUCAGCACCGUCAGCACAUCUACUUACGCUCGUUGUUCGAUGGAUAUCGAGGGUGUGUCUGGCGAUCUACAGUCUAGGGUCCUUCAAAAUACACUCGCAGAAGUUGCGGCAAGACGCGAACCCGCCAGCAACGAAGAGCAUAGGAGCGAGUCAUGUUGUGUGAUCUGUCUCGAUAGCAUCACUGAAGCUUGCGAGGCGAGGCCCUGCAGGCAUCAAAACUUCGACUACCUCUGUCUGUUGAGUUGGCUUGAGCGCUCACCUAAAUGCCCUCUAUGCAAACGCAAUGUCCAUGAAGUAGUGUACGAUAUUGAAUGCGAUGGUGCCAAGACGAGCCGUGUGUACUUGGUGCCGCAGGUGACGAGUGAUGUUCCUCAAAAUGAUCAACCACGCGUGCAAGUCCAGAGCCGGCGCUGGACAGAGCAUCCCAACAGGCGUCGCAAUGACGCCGUCCGGCAGCAGGCAGGAACUCGAGACGAAGCUAUCCUUCGUCGCCAGCGCAUCUAUCGGGACCGCCUCUAUUCCCUACAUGUAGGAUCCAAUGCCAGGUCACGUUAUAGAGACAUAACACCAGAACGUUUUGAUUCGGAACCCGAACUGGUGUCACGUGCGCGCGCCUGGCUAAGGCGAGAACUACAAGUCUUCGAGUUUCUCCGCACCUCAAGCAACUCGCGGAAUAGUGAAGAUGCUAUGACAAGGCGGCGUGCAAAUAAUGCCGAAUUCUUGCUAGAAUAUAUCAUCGCUAUUCUGAAAACGGUAGAUAUUCAAGGCAGCCAAGGCGCCGCAGAGGAUAUGCUUUCUGAUUUCCUUGGUCGCGAAAACACGAAACUACUACUUCAUGAGCUACGAAAUUUUCUGCGCAGUCCAUGGUCAGUAGAAGCGUGGGACCGAAACGUUCAGUAUCCAACCUCAACAGCGCAACAAGGGGAUUGCAAAGAAGGCGCCACUGAGCAUCGACAUGGCGUUUCGAGGAGCGGGCCUGUCCGUAAUCUUGGACGAAUAAGAGGCGACUCAUACCGUCCGCCAUACUCAGGGGUUUCACGUCGAGUCCGGCAUCCUGGGUGACUAUGAACACGUACUUGUAUCGAAACCUUUCGCUACUAAGUUGCGCCAAAGAUAUGCCAAAUUUUUGGCGUUUGUAUGAAAGAAUGAGUGAAGGAAUGUUGUGUCCAAUCCGAUUUCAUCAGAGAAAAGGGUCAACAAAAUGUGUACACUACCCAUUUACUCCCUCUCGAACGCGGUCUUCUUCUAAACCUAGAUAUCAAGGUUGGGGGAAUAUACCGGGCUUGUGCCAUGAUACGACAAUACUGAUCUGUGUGGGCGUGCUUAAAAGCUACCCUUAAGUGGGACAAAUGUCGGCAACAACCCGAUACUUUAUACCUCAAAAUCCUAGUUAUUCCUUGCAAAUAGAUACCCGUUGCAGGUAGAUAACUCUGUUCACAAUAGCCGAAUAGGCUUACAUCCACGUGGCCUUGCUCUUAAGUUCACGUUAAUAAAUGUCAAUGUCAUGAAUUUCUACACUUCUGUAUUUUGUCACCAUGUGCCUGCUUCCAAGGUAAACCCUUCGAGCCUAAGUGUAUGCUAGUAUAUCAACCACAACCCCUGAAAACACGUUCUGUAACAGUAAGCUAGUCAUAUACAACUUUGUUCAUGACUGCAUCCUUUCGUUGCGCAAUGGUGAUUGAUAUAUUUCGCUAUCGAGUUUUUUCUAGUCC